AUGGAUAUUGAGCAAAUAUCCAAUAUUGAUCAACCUCAAUCAUCUCCUUUUACUGGUGAAAAUGUGAGUUCAACUCUUUCUGGACCAUCCUUGACACCUACUCCUCCUCCUCAACCCCUAACUACUAUGGAAUGUCCUCCUUCUCUUACAACUGUAAUCGAAAAUGAAGCUACAGAAGGUAGUAGAAAGAGGAAAAAUUCUGCAAGAAAGGUAUCAAAAGUGUGGCAAUACUUUACCAAGUUACCAUUGGAGGAGACAAAUGGAGAAGUUAGAGCUACAUGCAAGUACUAUAAUUUAGAUUAUGCUUGUGAUCCAGCCCAUUUCAUUGAUAAUGAUUGGAACUUGCAUAAGAGGAUUCUCAGUUUUUGCAUGGUUGAGAAUCAUAAGGGUGAUAUGAUAGGCAAGACAAUUGAAAGGUGCUUAUCAGACUGGGGCAUACAAAAUGUGUUCACUAUAACCAUAGAUAAUACAACUUCCAAUGACAUAGCAUUGUCCUACUUAAAAAGGCGUCUAGAGAAUUGGAGGGGUCUUGUUUAUAGUGGUAAUUAUCUUCAACUACGAUGCUCUGCACAUAUUCUUAACCUAGUUGUUAAUGAUGGUUUGAAGGAGUUGAAAGAUUCUUUUGAGUCCAUUCGAAAUGCUAUUAGAUAUGUUCGUUCAUCUCCUGCUCACUUGCAAAGAUUUAAAGAUGUUUAUGAAUUAGAAAUGUUGGACACAAAAAACAUUGUUUGCCUUGAUGUCAGUACUAGAUGGAAUUCUAUAUAUUUAAUGUUGAAUGUGGCUUUGAAGUUUCAAAAGGCAUUUGAAAGAUUAGAGGAUGAAGAUGAAGAUUUUGUUAGCUACUUCAACAAAGGUUCAAAGUGUCAUGCUCAGAAUGACGUUUCUUAUUUAGAUACUAGCAUAGAUGCUGAUGUUUAUAGGCAAAGUGCUAGACCCAAUAACAACAUGGAUGUUUUUGCUUACUCUAGGCAAGCUCCUCCUAAGCGUAAUGGCCCUCCAAACAAACAAGCUUGGAAUAAAGCACGGUUUUUUCUUAAGUUCUUAAAGGUGUUUUAUGAUGUCACUUUGCAAUUUUCUAGCACAUUGAAAGUUACUGCACAUACAUGCUUCCAUCAAAUUGCUUUAAUUCAAGAGUUGUUAGAUGAGAAUAUUGAAAGUGAUGACCCUCUUCUUAGGGAGAUGUCUUUGAGCAUGAAGAGUAAGUAUGAUAAGUAUUGGGGGGCAGCGGAUAAUUUGAACCCUUUGUUGAUUAUUGCUGUAAUUCUCGAUCCUCGAUACAAGCUUGCCUAUAUCAAUCAUGUAUUUGAUAAGCUUUUUCCUACCCCUGACCUUUGCAUGUCCAUGAAGAACAAGGAAAGAGACACUUUGGAUCGCCUGUUUGAGGAAUACUCUGUGACAGUUGGUGCUCUUGACACCAAUACUUCAAAUACAAGUAAAGAGUUGGAUAGAUACCUUUCUGCUAGUACAUUUGAGGACACCACUAUUGAUGAUGAUGAUGAUGAUUUCGAUAUCUUGACAUGGUGGAAGGUUAAUUCUACCAAGUACAGAGUGCUUUCCUUGAUAGCACGAGAUGUAUUGGCUAUACCAGUAUCUAUAAUUACUUCUGAAUCAAAUUUUGGCACUGGAGGACGUGUUGUUGAUGAUUAUAGGAGUUCUUUAUCUCCUAAAGUGACUGAAGCACUCAUUUGUGUCCAGAAUUGGCUACUUACAGGGCAAUCUCUCUUAGAGUUUGUCUCUAUAUUUCAUGAGGUUGACAAUUUUCAAGAGACUGAUGAUGUGGUUAAUGUUGCAGGCUUGCAGUGCGAUUCCCCCUAA